AUGCACCGACCAGCAAGCCAUGAGAGGAAUCAACCAAAUGAUGCCAGUGGUGGUGGACCACAAGAGGUGGAUGUGGAUGCUGUGAUCGAAAAAGCCCUCAGUGGAUCCACCUCCUCAUCCAAGCAGAAAGCACCGCCCCUUCUGGAUGUCGACGUAGAAUUGGGCAAGGAAGAAGCAGAAAUAGAAAUAGUAGUAGAAACCGCUUCGCACAGCAACAGUGACAAGCAGAGCAACCAUGUUAACUUCGAUCCACCCACGCCACAACCGAUAGCAUCGAGCCAUGUUCCUCAGACUCCCUCCUGCAAGACGAACAACGCCGCCUACACCCCCCUGUCGGCUUCCGAGCGCUCUUCCGCGUCACAGUCAUCCCGAUCCCCUGCCAUGGCGACCAAUCACAACUUGCCGCGUCGCAGUUAUACUACCCCCGUCGGCUUUAAGACGGUGGAAUUGCCCAAGGAUGUGUACAGCAUUGGGUAUUUGGCGCCACGGUUUAGUGGGCCCUUUUGGUACGCCUUGGUGGUCUUUGGCAUCCAGGCGUCUAUUUUGUGGUUGACCUUUUUGGAUUUGACCCAAGAUCAUCCGAAAUUUGUCGAUGCCAAUUUUUGGAACGUUCCACCCCAAGUAUCUACCGAAGUCUUUGUGGCGCAAUAUUUGGCCUUGUUGGUCGCCGUGUUGUCGCAAGACGAUGUUACCACGUCCCUCGUUUUCUUUAGUGUGGGAGUGGGACCUCGCUAUCCACAAGUGCAAGCGCAAUUGCAAACCAAAUAUCCCGGCAAGGGCAGUGCCACCUUUGCCCGAUAUUGGACGUUCAAUUUGCUCCGGUUUACAGAAGGGUUGGUGACCAUUCUCGUCAGUUUUGUGUUUAUCAUACAAUCCGACAAUGUUUUGGAUAUCUUUUUGAAUUUUGCCGCCGUUCAAUUCGUGGCCGAUCUCGACAAUCUCGGAUUCCGAUUGGCCGUAGAGGGUUGGUUCGGUGUGGCCAAUCAAAGUUUGGCGAAACGGAUCCUACAGGAAAAGAUUCCCUUGCGCCGAACCAAAGGGUACAUCGAUUACAUGAAUCAAAUUUUGUUGUUUCUGUUGGUGGCGGUACUGUUUUGUAUGAAUGCCGUCACGGUCCGGCAGUUGAAAACGGGGGAUUACAUUGAACGAGACGCCUGUGGAGUGGUCUUGGUCCAAUUUGGUGGACCGGAAGUCUACGUGUUCCCGCGCAAUGCGACCUUUCAAACCGGACCAACCGGCAGUAGUGCUACGGAAGAGGGAUUGCAACAACUGGCCAACAGCGAACGAUGGAUCCAAAACCACAACAACAACAACAAUCUUCGUCCCCCCGAUUUGCACUUUGCGUCCUUUUCGGGACGCUACGUGGCUGAGUUCAAUUACAAGGCAGGUCUGAAUCGGAAACGACCCGUUUAUUACGAAGCCAGUCGAGAAGGGGCGAUAGUAGUAGAAGGGUUGAGCACUACUACCACGGGUAGCCGCAUGAAGGAUUCCAGUACGGCCAUGCUUUACUUUUGCGAAACGGAAAAUGCCUGGGUCUGGACGGUCCGUGCCUUUGCGCAAGCCACAGGAGCAGACAUUGUCCCCCCUGCGACGCUGCAACGCUGUCCUCCCUACGGAUGGCUAGCGAGGUCUCCCAUCACUGAUGCGGUCACAUUGGACGAAGCACCUACGGAGGGUUGGAAGGUUUGGACGGGAACCCUCCAGGACUUGACCGAGUUGUCCAUUGCGUGUUUGGAAUGCGAAGAAGAUGCCGAUUGCGGUCUUACGGGAGGCACUUGUGGUGGGAAAGAAGAUCGUUUGUGCGAAUGCCACAAGGGCCAAACGGCGGGCGAUUUCUGCACGGAACGAUAUCCCUGUCAACAGUUGAUCCGUUAUGGAGAUGAUGACGGCCAACAACACGGCAUUUUCGAACUGGAGGCCUCCUUCUCCUACGGCCGACCAGUGUACUCUUCGAUGAUCGCCGGCAAUAUGGAGGACCCCAAAGAAGAAGGAUCCGUGGAAGUAGUGCAGUACACGGGUCGACAGUGGACGAAGUACCAACAACCCUACUAUUAUUCCGAACCCACGGAUCAAUUCCUCCCGACGGGCUCCCUUCGCUGGUACAAGGUCGACGAGACGAGAUCCCAAGGGGACUACGGUCCCAAGGGGCGAGAAAUCCCCGUGUCGCACCGAUAUUCGUGCUGGUCGCUGGACUGCAACGUGGCGUCGGCGGGAUUGUGCGGCCAGUACGGCACCUGCGUCCAAGAGCAAGUCUUGACGUUUCGUGGCGAACCUCAUCGCAACAACGUGCGGGGUGGCAAAUGCAUUUGUGACAAAGGAUACGAGGGCCAUUUUUGCGAGUUCAAACAGCAGCAUUCAGAGGAUGAUGGCGAGCUGUAG